AUGACAUCAAUUGGUACAGGAUACGAUCUUGCGAACUCGAUUUUUUCGCCUGACGGGAGAAACUUCCAGGUGGAAUACGCAUCUAAGGCAGUGGAGAAUGCAGGCACAUCAAUAGGAUUAUGUUGCACAGAUGGGGUUGUUUUGGCCACGGAGAAGCUAAAGAACUCGAAAUUGUUGGUGCCAGGAAAAAACAAACGGAUACAGUCGAUUGAUCGGCAUGUGGGUGUGGUGUAUUCGGGGUUAAUACCGGAUGGAAGACAUUUCGUGAAUAGAGGAAGAGAUGAAGCCAGAUCUUUCAAGUCGAUAUACAAGGAACCAAUCGGGUUGAAGGGCCUGAUAGACCGGUUGGGAUACUAUGUGGAAGCUUACACGUGCUACAACUCGGUUAGGCCCUUUGGAAUUAACGCUAUAAUCGGUGGUGUGGACUCUGAAGGCCCACAUCUUUACAUGGUGGAACCUUCUGGAACGUACUGGGGUUAUUUUGGUGCUGCAACGGGUAAGGGAAGGCAGACAGCUCGUGCAGAGUUGGAAAAACUCCAUCUUCCUAAAAUUUCACCAAGAGACGCCGUUAAGGAAGCCGCUAGGAUUAUUUACAUGGCACACGAGGAUAAUAAGGAUAAAGACUUCGAGUUGGAGAUAUCCUGGGUGAGCACAUCCGAAACUAACAACGUUCACCGCCUUGUUCCGGACGAUUUGUUGAAGGAGGCCAUUAAGUAUGCAGAGGAGGCCCAAGAGGAGGGAAGUGACGAUAGUGAUGAUGAUAGUGAUAGCGAUAGUAAUAGUGACAGUGACAGUGACAGCAGUGAGGACGAGGGGGGAAAGAAGGAAGAGAAGGAAGAGGACAAAGAAGGUGAUGUGAAGAUGGAUUAA